CCUGUGUGGUGACAUGCAGAUUGGGUGAGCAUAAAUUUCUGUAGACUGUGGACUUAUGCAUUCACAAGCUGGAUGUUACUUCCUAAUGACACCCAGUUUCAUCCCUCCUCCUUCCUGUUGCUGGGAAUCCCAGGACUAGAAACACUUCACAGCUGGAUUGGCUUUCCCCUUUGUGCUGUGUACAUGAUUGCACUCAUGGGGAACUUCACUAUUCUGCUGGUGAUCAGGACUGAGAGCAGGCUACACCAGCCCAUGUUCUACUUCCUGGCCAUGUUGGCCACCAUUGACUUGGGCCUUUCAACAGCUACCAUCCCUAAGAUGCUUGGGAUCUUCUGGAUCAACCUCAGAGAGAUCAUCUUUGAGGCCUGCCUCACCCAGAUGUUUUUUAUCCACAACUUCACACUUAUGGAGUCAGCAGUGCUCGUGGCAAUGGCUUAUGACCGCUAUGUGGCCAUCUGCAACCCGCUCCAAUACAGCACCCUCCUCACCAACAAGGUCAUUUCUGUGAUUGGUCUUGGUGUGUUUGUGAGGGCUUUUAUUUUUGUCAUUCCCUUUAUAUUUCUUAUUUUGCGGUUGCCCUUCUGUGGAAAUCAUGUCAUUCCCCACACCUACUGUGAGCACAUGGGUCUUGCUCGUCUAUCUUGUGCCAGCAUCAAAAUCAAUAUUAUUUAUGGUUUAUGUGCCAUUUGUAAUCUAGUGUUUGACAUCACAGCCAUUGCCCUUUCUUACGUGCAGAUACUUCGUGCUGUUUUCCGUCUUCCUUCCCGUGAAGCCCGACUCAAGUCCCUCAGCACAUGUGGUUCACAUGUGUGUGUAAUCCUUGCCUUCUAUACACCAGCCCUCUUUUCCUUUAUGACUCAUCGCUUUGGCCAAAAUGUUCCCCGCUAUAUCCAUAUACUCCUAGCCAAUCUCUAUGUUGUGAUGCCACCAAUGCUCAAUCCUGUUAUAUAUGGAAUCAGAACCAAACAGAUCUAUAAAUAUAUAAAGAAAAUAUUAUUGCUGGAACAAGGAAUGGAAAAGGAAUAGCAACCAAUGCAGUUAAUUUCUGUAUUUUUAGCAGAGAUGGAUUUUUACCAUGUUGGCCAGGCUGGUCUUGAAUUUCUUAACUCAGGUGAUCUGCCACCUCAGCCUCCCAAAGUGCUGGGAUUAUAGGCAUAAGCCACCAUGGCUGUCCAAGAAUAUUAAAUUUUAUUAGGUGUUUUAUCUGUAUCUAUGGGGAUGAUCUUAUGGUAUCACUCUUUUU